AUGUCCUCAAUCCAAGUAGAAGAAGAAAUCUACGACGUCCUAGUCAUAGGCGCCGGCCCCUGCGGUCUCGCCAUAUCAGCCCGUCUGCACGAACACACCCCCGCCGCCCUCUUCACCGACGAAGAACACCGUCGCUUCCACUGGAUCUCCAAGUACGGCAACAAAAUGCCCCUCAAGCACGUCCGCAGCGGUAAAAUCUCACCCCCCAAGCAAGCUGCGAAACCGCAGUAUAAAAUGUUGGUUCUUGAUGCAGAUAGCGAUACGUGGAUGGGCCGUUGGAAUAGGUUAUUCAAGAUGUAUGAUAUCUCGCAUUUGAGGAGUCCGAUGCUCUGGCAUGUUGAUCCGCUUGAUCGGGAUGCGCUGCUGGCGCAUGCGUAUGCUAAUGAUAGAGCGGAUGAACUUGUUGAGAUUCGGAAUUGUGUGGGCAAGGAGGUUAGUAAACAUGGGAGGAAGAAGAGUGGACAGCGAGCUUGUGGUCGAAGACAAGAAGCCCGUGUUGAUAUCAAUGUGAGAGAGCGCAAUGACUACUACAACCCCUCAACAUCUCUCUUCUGCGACCACUGCGAAAAAGUAGCUGCGCGUUACAACCUCAGCUCAAACAUGAUUCGCAAAGAAUCCCUCCAGCAUCUGGACUACGAUGAAGUAAAGGGCAUUUCCAUCGACGGCGAGAAACUCUUCACCGUAACAACCAACAAAACUCGUCGAUACGCUCGCACAGUAGUGUUAGCAGUCGGUCCAGCAAACGUCGCCAAAAUCCCCCACAUCCCCUCUAUGCCAGACUCAAACCUCCCUCAGACAUGUCACAGCAUGCACAUCACCGAGUUUCCAGAUCCCAUCGUCAAAGCUCGCAUCUCUGCUAAGAAAACGACGAAUAUUCUCGUUGUUGGCGGUGGUUUGACGUCUGCGCAGUUGACGGAUCUUGCUAUCCGAAAGGGCGUCACGAAGGUGUGGCAUGUCAUGCGUGGACCAUUGCGUAUCAAGCAUUUUGACGUUGGGCUUGAGUGGAUGGGGAAGUUUAAGAAUGCGAAGCAAGCGCAGUUUUACUACGCUGAUUCAGACGAUGAGAGGAUUGAGAUGAUCAAGGAGGCGAGAGGUGGAGGAAGCAUCACGCCUGUGUUCCACAAACGACUCAAGAAACAUCUCCUCACGAAGAAACUCGAACUCUUCACUGAAACAAGUCUCACCGAUGCGCAAUUCGACGCUGAGAAGGGUACAUGGAGUGUUCAGACUAAUCCACCUACCGAAAUGCCAGCCAUGGACUACAUGUACUUUGCAACAGGCAUCCAAACAGACUUCUCCUCCCUCCCCUACCUCCAAGCAAUUAUAUCAAAGUACCCCAUCGAAGGACGCGGUGGUUUUCCCUGUAUAAACAACGAUUUAAUGUGGAACGAUGAUGUCCCGCUGUUCAUGAUGGGAAGACUGGCUGCACUGCGUCUCGGCCCUGCGGCGCCGAAUCUCGGCGGUGCGCAGGUCGGUGCGGAGAGAAUCGCGUGGGCUAUUGAGGAUAGGGUUGCGAGGGCUGGGGAGGAUGAGGGGGAGGAUUAUAGGAAGGGGUAUUUGUCUGGGCAUGGGAAUAUGUAUAGUUCUUUAGCUUGUCGCACAUGCACAGGCUACAUCGCUCCACCACCAGGCUCAUUCUCAUGGACUUCUCUUCUACGCAUCAAACCCCAGACUUUACCUAUAACCAACACAAAAGAAGUCCGCAGCUUAUCAUUCUUUCAUCACGUGGUCGCUCCCGUGCUCUCCGGUCCAUUCGAUGGCUCGUUCUGGACGUAUUUCGUCGUUCAAAUGGCGCAGUCUGAACCAGCAGCGCGUCAUGCAGUGUUAGCGAUAAGUUCGCUAUUCGAAAGCUUUGAGCCCGCAAAGGAGAGCGUUGCUGAUGAGUUUGCGAUCAUGCAUUAUAACAAAGCUAUAAGUAUUCUCACGCGCGAGUCGAAACCGUGUGUUGAUACGGUCUUGUUAGUGUGUAUGAUGUUCAUAUGCAUUGAGUUCCUUCGCGGGAAUCGUGAAGCCGCAGUCACACACGCAAGUCACGGCGUACACCUACUUAACUCCGAAGGCCACAAAUCCCGCCUCGCAAACACUUUUGCGCAAAUGAGCGUAUUCCCGCUCUUCUUCAUCGAAGUAGGCACCGAUUUUCCUCUUCUCCAAGGCGACGAGGCCGCAGAUCUGAAGAACCCCGUGUUCUACACCAUAAGCGAAGCACAGCAUGCCUUGGAGCAUUUAAGUAUAAGGAUCAUAAAGCUUGUGCGCGAUGGGAAUGCAUUUCGGUUGCAUGUCGUUGAUGAAGAGCCGCAGGAGUGGGUUCUUGAUGAGCAGGCGGAGGCGAAGCAGGAUCUUGAGGCGUGGGGCUUUGCGUUUGAGAGAUUCCGGGCUUUGGGGGAGCAGAGAGAGUAUUUGACUACGUUGGCGCUCAUUACGAGAUAUAGACUUAUGAAGAUCUGGAUCGCGAAUUGUUUUGAGAGGGGAGAGAUGGAGUAUGAUUUGAUGAAAGAGGACUUCGUCACGAUUGUGGACUGUGCUCGGAAGGCAGCUGAGUACCAUGAGGUUCAGCGUACGACACCCGGGAAGUUCAUGUUCAACGUUGGUUUUAACCCCAUGCUUCAUUUCACGGUAUGGAAAUGUCGGUACCUGUCUCUUCGGGUAGAAGCACUAUCUCUCAUGCUUCGGCUAUCAAGUCAACAAGAAGCACUAUGGGAUGCAGCGCUGAUGUACAACGUGUCACGGCGCAUCAUCGAGGUUGAGCACGGCAUUGAUCUAGCGGGGAAUUAUGAUCUUUGUGACGAGACAUUACCCCCUGAUGAGAACAGAGUAAAAGGAUUCUUCUUCAGAGAGAGUCCAGAGGCAGAAUCUGUCAUGUGGGAUAAGAAUGCCGAGACGGUGUAUUUCCUCAUGGCACAUCCCGAGGGUGGUGUGAUAUAUAGGAAGGACUACGUUAGAAACAAGGACUUGGUUUUGGAUAGCGGGCAGACUUUUUGGAUGUAA